AUUUAAUACUCUUUAUAAGAAUCAACUAAAAAUAUCCAUUAACCAUAUGCAUAGAACUCAUAAAGAAAAAGAAAAAAAAGCAAACGAACAAAUAUACCAUAUAACAUUAUCAUAGUUACUAAAAGAAUAAUAAAUAUUCUUCAAAGUAAAUAUUAAUAGCGAAAUAGGAAUUCAUUUUAUAUUCUGAAUUAUAAUUAAAUGCCACAGAAAUCAAGAACUGUGGAAUUAAAAUAGAAAGUUGAAACGAAAAGUAUAGACACAAAUCACAUAAGAAACAGUGAAUAAAAAGAUCAAAUCUUCAACGAACAUCAUAUAUCUUCUGAUUUCUCCCUAACAAAAGUAUAAUUUUAAAAAAUGGCGAGUUUUAUCGCAAAACAACUAAUUGGAAAUCAAUUGGAUUCAGUAAAAGGUGCAUUAGGUGAUAAGAAAGACGAAGGUGAAGGUGUUUUAGGUGGACGUAAAGAAAUUGAUCCAGAAGUUGAAGCGGCAUUACGUGAGGCAGAAGAGAAAAGAGAAGCUAAACAUCGUAAAAUGGAAGAAGAACGAGAAGUGAUGCGUCAAGGUAUCAGAGAUAAAUAUGGCAUUAAGAAAAAAGAAGAGGAGGUUCCAGCUGAUUUCGAUUUUUCUAGUCCUGAAGGUCGUCUUGGCCGUAAACGGAAAACACCAGCUGAACUAGCGGCUGAAGCGAAUGAAGCGGAAGAUGAAAACAUUUUAACAAGUAUGUUACCAGAAAAUAUGAGAAAUAUGGCUAAUAAAGUAACCGAAGUUCCAGGGAAAAUAAUUUCAGAAGCUAGUGAAAAAUGUCUUCUUAUGUGAUUAUUAUCAUCUACAAAACAAAAACAAAACUAUUAUAUACAUUUAAACAAAUAUAAACAUGUAUAAUCACGUCAAUAUAAAUCUCAUCAAAAGUAAUUCUGUCAUAGUCAAUAUAUAUAUAUAUAUAUAUAUAU